GGGGGCGGGGCCGAGCCCGCGGCCCGGCGGGGGCUGUCGGGAAGAUGGCGGACUCGGUGUCCGGGCGGCGCUGAGCGGCCGGGGCGGCGGCGGCGGGACACAGCGCGGCCGCGAGCGCCAUGGUCUCCCGGUUCUCUGAAGCCUCCCGAGCCGCCCUGCCCUCGCCAUGCUGCGCCUGCUGCCAUGGCUCCGUGCUCUGACCCGGGAGAGCGUGUGGCCCGGAGUCCUGCAGGGCCUGGCUGCUGGUGACCGGAGCGGGGCCGGGAUGUAUCCCACCUGCUACUGUGCCGGCAAAGCGAAGCAGCGGGCCGUGCUGCUCCCCUUGGACCCCUACGGCCAUGGGCUGCUGCACACCUUCCCCCCAGACGCCUACAGGACUCGAGGCCAUGGCAAGAGGAAGAGCUGGAACUUCAUCCACGAGAAGAUGAGUUAUGACACCUUCUUCACAAUGAAGCGUCUGAUCGAGCGCUCCCGCAGCGUGGGGGAGGUGCUGCGGUGGGUCACGCAGAACCCCAGCAAGGUGUCUGCCAGCCACUACCCUAUCGCCCUGCACAAGCUGGGCCAGCUCUUGCAGCAGCAGCAGCAGGGCCAGGCUGCGGUGAAUGGGGAGAGCCGUGGGCCCGGCCAGGUGCUGGAGCAGCCGGAGUUCCAGACUCUCUGUCAGGCCAUCAUCAGCGGCUGCUCCAAGUUCGAUAACUUCAGCAUUGUCAACUGCCUGUACGCUGCCGCUGCGCUGGGCCUGCCCGGGGAGUCGCCGCUGGUGCGAGUGCUGGAGGACGAAUCCCGGAGCCGCCUGGGCCGCUUCAACCAGAAGGAUGUCUCCAUGGUGUUCAGCAGCGUGAUGAGGCUGCACCCAUCCAGCCCCCACCCCCUGGUCGAGUCCUGCCUCAGCAGCUUGGAGCGGCACCUGGAGAAGGAGCGGCACCCCCAGACCCUCUUCCUGCUCCUUUCCUACUACCGGCUGCGGGCGCAGGCGCUGCAGGGACACCCGGCCUCCGACCAGCAGCUGAUCAACAACCGCAAGAUCCUGCGCCUCGUCAGGCACACGCUGGGGCAAGUGAGUGCCAUGCGGGAGCACGAGCUGGCCCUCUUGGACGAGAUGCUGGCCCUGUGCGCCCAGGAGGCGAACAACAAGGCCCUGGAGGCCAUCUUCAGCUCUCAGCUCUUCUACGAGAACCGUCAAGAGCGCUUCAUCCGCAGCAUGGCAGAGUGGCUCCCCAGGAAGGCAGAGAACCUCACCCCCUACACCAUGGCCCUCAUCGCCAAGUACGUGGCCCGGCACCGGCUGCGUGAGCCACGGCUGCUUGAUACCAUUGCAAACUUCCUCCUGAAGCGUGGGGAGCAGCUCGACAGCAAGGUGAUCCAGAAGCUGGUGUUUCCCUUCAGCCGCAUGAAUUACCGCCCAUCCAACCACAGCGAGCUCUUCCCCAAGCUGGAGGCCAUCCUGGAGCAGAAGGCCGGCAGCUCACCCCUGGCAACCGUCAACAUCCUCAUGUCCAUGUUUCAGCUCAGCCAUUUCCCACAGACCGUCCUGCACCAAGUCUUCUCCCCAGCUUUCAUCACCAAUGUUAUGAGCAGCCCCUACGCGCUGAUCGUGCGCCGCUACCUCUCGCUGCUGGACGCGGCGGUGGAGCUGGAGUUCCGCGAUUACAGCGGCCCGCGCCUCGACCCGCGCUACCGCGUCCUCAUGUUCGAGCACGCCCUCACAGCCGAUGAGGCCAACAGAAAGUACAGUUACAAGGGGCUGGUGGCUGAGGCGUUGCGGCAGCUGGUGGGAGAAGAGUGCUAUCGGCAGGACGAGGUGCUGCCCCCAGGAUACUGCACAGACUUCCUGCUGUGGAUCAACCGCUCGGGCACUGUGCUGCCUCUUUCCCGUGUUCCUGCAGCUUCCAAGGCUCCCUCUGUCCACACUACAACAUCCCCUGCCGCCAUCUCCUUGCGCUCGAGCGUCCUGGCCCUCACCUCGGACUUGCAGGACUUUGCCCCAUUUGCUCCAGAGACGCCAAGCAGCCCCCCGGGCUCCCGGGAGAACAACCUGGCCGGGAGGUUCCUCCCCACGCUUUGCCCUGCCCCGGGGGGGCCCUGCUACCAGCCCCCCUCGGACUAUUACUGCAGCCUGAGCAAAGAGUCUUCCCUGGAGAGCCAGGGCAGCUCCACGUUAAGCAGCCCUUCCGAGUGCCUCUCCGCACAGCCAGCUGGCACCCCUGACUGCUCCCCCAGGGGCACCUCCACAGCCACGCUCUUCCAGUUCCCUAUCAGCAAGAUCCUGGAGGAGGAGGAGGAGGCUACUGCCAGCUGCACUGGCCACGAUCACAACUGCUUCCAGGGGGAGCAGGCGCAGGAGGAGACGGAGGAAAGGAGUCCCCCCCCCAGCGAGGACGCCUGCCCUCCACCCUCUCCGUGCCGGCCCAGCCCCAAGCGAGGGCCUGGCGAUGGCCCACAGGGAGCUGAGGAGAUUCAGAGGGUGGUGCUGUCGGUCAAUGACAAGUGGCAUUACUGCCAGAACUCCGACAUCCUGGUGGGCUCGCGAGCCAUGAGGGACAGGCACUUGCGACUGCUGGGCUACUGUCUGGUUCAGCUGCCCUACACAGAGCUGGAGAAGGUGAGUGGCAUCGAGGAGGCCAAGCACUACCUGCGGCAGAAGCUGAGGGAGCUGCGCUUCUGAGGGACAAACGUGCCGGGCCCUGGGCGGGAGGGGGCAGAGCGGGGAGGGGGCAGGCGGCUGCUGCAGCCCCUUUCCCCUGGUUAGGGGGGGACAGAGCUGUCCCCCAUGCCGGGAGGGGUGUGUGGGGCCAGGCAUGGGCACCUGCUCCUUGAUGUGGGGCUGGGGUAGUGUGAGAUUAUUUAUUGCUGUUAGCAGGGGAAGGGGUAUGACUUGGGUGCGUAGGGGAGUGUUUGGGUGCUGGGGAUGGGGGGGUCCCACGCUGCCCCCCCCAGCCCUGUCUGCAAGCAUUGCUGCAGCGGGGCCUGGCCAGGUCUCCUGGCAGCUUUGGGGGAUCCCUGUGCUCCCAGCACUGCUGUGGGAAGGGAGGGCUGGGCCUGGCCCCCACUGUGGGGUCCCAGGAGCCGUGACAGACCCUGCAGGGCCGACGGUUUGCACAGGGGGGGCUGCUCCCUGGGCCCUGAGCCGGGAGGAGGGGGGGCUUGGGAAGUGGGGGGUUAAAUUUACAAUAAAACCGGUGAAAAGUGU